UGGGAGGCAGGAUCACAGCACAAGCGUUCAGCUUCGACCAGCAGUUUAAGCCCUAUCAAAAGGAUGAAUUUCUUAUGGCAUUUUUUAAUGAUCCAAAUGUGAACUCCAGUUUAAAGCUGCUCUCAGCUUCAGGAAAAUGGACUACAUUGGGUUCCAAAGUGACAAAAGUCGAAGCUACAGUGGUGCCCUGUACACAGAUUUCCACGUCAUUUUUUGAUCGGCUGUACUCUGAAGGAGUUGUUAGAGAAACUGGAGAUAUUGUGAAAUGUUAUGAUGACUAUUACGAUGAUAUUCUCAUCUCAGAUGAAUUAAGGAAGGUCUUGCUUCUGGAAGAUUCAGACCAUUAUGACUUAUUUAGUCCAUCGGAUCGCAAGGAAUUUCUGUUCUGUCUUUUUAAGCAUCUUUGCAUUGGAGGAGCUCUUUGCCAGUUUGAAGAUGUAGUUGGCCCAUACUUAGAAACAACAAAAGCUUUAUAUAAAGACUUGGUGAGUGUUCAAAAGAAUCCUGAAACAAAAGAAAUACAUGUUAUUUCUACAGUCUUCAGAGUGUCUGUAUAUGAUGACAACGGCCUGUGCUACCCUUCAAGCAAAAGCCACGAGCAGACGUUUGCUUACUUGAUUGUGGAUCCCUGCAAGCGACAUGUGCACACUCUGUAUCACUGCUUUGGUGGGAGCUUAUUUACUAACUAGUUACAAACCUGGCUGUUCCUCAGUUUUAUAAUGGAAGUAGCCUUUUCUCUGCAUGAAUUCUGGUAGAAAUGGCCUAGUUUUCUUACGAGGAAGGCUGUGCUCCUUCAUUCCACACUCUGAAUGGCAACGCGCUCAUGUAGAUGUUACUAUGCAGUUUGUGACAAAAGUUUUUACUGUAUUUAUAAGUCAUGCUUCUUGAAGAUGUUUUCUCGGCAGUUUAGUCCCCCCUCCCUCACCUGUUUUAUCUAUUAAAAGGUAUUUCUGUAG